CCAAUAGAGGUUUUGCUAUCAGUCGUUGUCGGUUCUUGGAGUGAUGAAGACGUUAGUGUUAGUGGCGGCCUUCGCCGUAGUGGCCUUAGCUCAAGACUCCUUCGAUAGUACCGGAAUACGUCUGGUUUUAAAAAUCUACGAUGAUUGUAGCAAAAGCUCUGGAUUUUCGCCAUGUCUUAAGAAAAAAGCCAUCACAUUUUUGGAUAGAUUGAGCCGAAUGGAUCAUUUUACACUCGCCGAAGGUGUGAUGAUUACAAAAUCAAACGAUGUUAUUCCCGAAGCUACCCUCUCAGAAGAACAACUUGAAAAUACGCUACCCAGAGCUUCCGAUGCCAAAGACGAAGCUUUGACUAACAUUCUUUUAGACAAAGUUGCCAAAUUCGUCGGCUCGAGGACAAUCGAAGUCACUUUCCCUAAAUUAGCUCUUGAAGAAGGUCGUGGCAAAAAAAUGAAAGGCAUGAUGGGUGGUAUGAUGAUGGGAAUGGCUGCCAAAAUGGCCGCUCUAGUUCCGGUCGCAAUCGCGGGACUUUUCUUGCUAGCAGGAAAAGCUCUCAUCACUGCGAAAAUUGCUCUCCUCAUUUCAGGAAUCAUCGCCAUUAAGAAACUCUUUGCCGCCAAACACAGUCACGGAGGACACGGUUGGUCCGGCGGUGGCGGCGGCGGCGGCGGCGGCGGUUGGCAGUCCAGCGGCGGCGGUUGGGACAAAAGAUCUUUCGAAGACCCACAAAAAUUAGCCUACAAAGCGUACAGUCCCAAAUCGUAGAAAUGACCGAUUUUUUGGUCGCUUCUUUUUCUUCAGGCCAUUGUUAUUUAUUUUAUUUAUGUUAUUUAUUUUGUACCAAUCAGUAUUGUCCUGAUUUUUCUUCAAUAAAAUUGUUUUUUACGAA